CUAUCUCUGUCAAAGCUAAAAAAUAACUAAAAGAAAAUAGCUAUUGUUAACCUAGCAAUUCCUCUCUCACGCUCUCUCUGCAAAAUCGUUCCUCUCUUCAGACCCUUUUCUCUCAUCGACCCAUUUGAUCUCUCUCUCUCUCUCUCUCUCUCUCUCUCUGCCUUUGCCUUUUUUUCAGAAUCUUAAACGCCGCCGUAUCUCCGCUACGAUCUCUGCUUUUUAUAUUCUCUCGAUGGCUGACGGAAAAUUAGAUCUACCUGAUGAUCUCCUCUCCUCCAAAACCAGCUUCGACCACUCCUCUCUCAAAGGUGAAGCGUGGGAUGGGAACUUGGAGGACAAAGGACACGUGGGGUUACUUGAGGGCACCAAAGAUCAAGCAAUUUCAGAGAGCAAUAUACCUUUGUCUCCACAGUGGCUUUACUCUAAACCAUCUGAUUCUAAGAUGUUAGCUACUGGAAUAUCUGGGGAUAUAAGAGCCACAAAUUCGUUGUCCCAUAGAACCUCUGGUGAUUCCAAUCUGAAAGAUAGUUGGCGUCUGGAUGCGUCUCAGGACAAGAAAGACCGGAGGAAGACUGCAGUUGAUCUUGAAAGCAGUCGCCGUUGGCGUGAAGAGGAGAGAGAAACGAGCUUACUUGGCCGAAGGGAUCGCAGAAAAGAAGACCGUCGGGCAGAUAUUUCAUCGAUGAGGGAUGUUUCUGAAAACAAGCUUACUUCUUCAGAGAGAUGGAAUGAUAUUAAUAGUCGUGGUUCAGGACAUGAAUCUCGAAGAGACAACAAGUGGUCUUCAAGAUGGGGUCCUGAAGACAAAGAAAAGGAUUCUCGAACUGAGAAGAGGACAGAAGCUGAUAAGGAAGAAGCCCUUACUGACAAACAAGCUUUUGUAAGUGGGGGGCGCAUAGCUUCUGAGCGUGACAAUGAUUCUCGUGAUAAGUGGAGACCACGACAUCGUUUGGAAAUUCAUGCAGGUGGGGCUGCUUCUCAUCACAGUGCUCCAGGUUUUGGUUUAGAGAGGGGACGAGUGGAGGUAUCAACUGUGCGGUUUGCAGCAGGACGAGGUAGAUCAAAUGCUAAUGUAAGCCUACAAAUUGGGAGGCCAAAAUCUGCUUCUGUCAUUGGAUCUUGUCCUCUGGACAAAAACAAAUCAUUUAACACAUAUUGCUACCCUAGAGGAAAACUGCUUGAUAUUUACCGCAAGCAAAAGACUGCUCCAAAUUUUCUCACUGUACCUGAUGAGAUGGAUCAUUUAUCACCAAUAACUCAAAAAGAAACUGUUGAGCCUUUAGCUUUUGUUCCUCCUGAUGCAGAGGAAGAGGCUCUCCUUGGAGAUAUAUGGAAGGGAAAAGCUACAAGCAGUGGAGUGUUGUACAACACAGCUAGAGACACAAGUGGAGGGAAACAAAGUUCUACACUUAACAGGGAGGAUAGUGUUGAAUCAGGUGAGAAUGCUGCUGUAAACAAUAUUUAUCUAGGGAAUCAUGCUGGGACAUGUUAUGCCUUAGAUUCACAGAUGAUUGUGACCGAGGAAAUAAAUAGUACAAAAGAAGGUGGGCAGAGACGUGUUUUACCAUCUGACACAGGUGUAACCCAUGCUUUGAUAUCAGAUGGGGAAAUUGAUGGCUCCAUAAAUGAUGCUGAUGAUAUAAAAUCUAUUGAUAAAGGACAAGUCUCUGAUUUGAAAAUGCCAAAGCUACCUAGGUUGGAGGAUAAGGAAUCAUCCAUUCAUUUUGGAGAGGGUGGCGAGCUUCCUGAAGACUCAGGCUCUCUAUUUGAUUUUUCAUCACUACGGGCUACACUAAGCCAUAACCAGAUAGAUAUUAAGGGAAAUUAUGAGGCACAUUCACUGGAAAGUGUUAUCCCUCCCGAGGAUUUGAGUUUGUGCUAUCUUGAUCCUCAAGGGGUAAUUCAGGGACCAUAUCUGGGAAUUGACAUAAUUUCAUGGUUUGAGCAAGGUUAUUUUGGUACAGACUUGCCUGUUCGAUUGGCAGAUGCUCAGGAUGGAUCUCCUUUCCAAGAACUUGGUGAUGUCAUGCCACACCUAAGCAUGAAUUCUGGUUCUGCAUCCAGUGGUAGUGCAGUUAUGAGAAUGCAAUUACCCGAUUCUUUUGAAGGUAGCUUGGGUGAGACCAUAUCUACUUCUGCUUCUGCUCCUGAAUUUAAGGGGUCUGACAUUGGAUGUGACCAUAAGCAGUCUUUGUCUGCUGUUGAGACUUCUGGAACUGAUUUUCAGUUCAGAAGACUUACUCAAAGUUAUCCUUCUGAGUAUCAGUCUUCUGAAGAUCAAAGCCUCCAUGAAUUUGCUGCUGCUCAAGAAGAGGAAAUUAUUUUUCAUGGAAGGCCCACAAGUGCGGGGGUUGAUCCUUCUAAAAUUUCUGGUGAAGUUCAAGGUCCUUUUGGCAAUCCUGCAAGCCAUUUGUCCAUUACAGAUGAAUUUUCAAAAACCAAUAUACCUUCUCAUCGAGAUGACGAGCUGCAUCCCUUUGGUUUGUUGAUGUCUGAGUUGAGGAGCCCAUCUGGUUUGAAGUGUUCUCAAUCAUCUAAUAUAGCUUCCAGCAUCGGCGAUAGGGGGCAGUUUUUAGAUCCUUGGCUUGAUAGAGAGACAAACUUUAGUGAUCACAGCGUUGUUCGUACAGUCCCUGAACAGACUUCUUUUCGUGAGGCUUGGCCUGAUGAUUAUAGAAGAAAUGCUUUGUCUAACCCUAACAUUCAUCUAGGAACUACUGGUGGUUGGCCCUCGUCUCACAAGGAGCAAGAGGACAAUAGUUUUGGCCUUUUACGUCAGCUAAUGUCACAAAAGCUGCCCAAUGAGCCACUUCAAGAGGAAAAUCAUUUCUCUCAUCGCUUUCCAUAUUCAGCUGGAUUUGAUGUGGAGCAUGUCCAGGGUUUCGAUCUUAUGCUGAGCAAAAAUCUCAACCGCCAGAGAUCAAUCCAUCAUUCAGAUCCUCAUAUGGAACACCUUUUGGAACUUCAGUUUCAACAGCAGCGGCAGUUGGAACUUCAGCGACAGCAGCAGCAAUUGGAACUUAAGCGACAGCAGCAGCAGCAGCAGCAGCAGUUGGAACUUCAGAGGCAGCAGCAGCUGGAACUUCAGCGGCAACAGCAGCAACUGGAACUACAGCGGCAGCAGCAGCUAGAGUUACAGCGGCAGCAGCAGUUGGAACUACAGCUGCAGCAGCAGCAGCAGUUGGAACUUCAGCGGCAGCAGCAGCUUCGUCACCACCAAAUUAAAUUGUUACAGGAGCAGCAGCAACAUCUACAGCUGCCACAUUCUCAAGCUCAGCAAUUGCUUUGUGAUCAAUUGCUGCAGCAUCAGAUGCCUGAUCCUGGUUAUGGUCAGCACAUAUUUGAUGCUGCUAGAGACAACAUAAUCGAUCAGGUCCAGUUACGAAGGCAUCUCCUUGCUGAAUUGCAACAGAAUCCUCAUGCUUCAAGGCACCUGGAUUCAUCGCUGGAGCAGAUCAUCCAAGUGAAGAUUAACCAUGGUGCACUCCAAGGGCAGCAGGCUGAGUUUUUGGAUUUCAUGUCACAGGCAAAGUAUGGCAAUAUGCUUCCUUCAGAGCAUCAGCUUCGUCUUCAACAAGAACAGUUGCAAGCGCAGCAAUUAUCUAUGGCACUUAGGCAACAAUUAGGAAUGGAGGGGGAUAGAAGACUUGCCGGUUCAUUGUCUGUAGAUGAUGUUGGUCAGUUUGUUGGGAACCCUAGCAGUCAUCAUCAGGCUCAAUCUGUAGGGUUUAAUGCUUCAGAUCUUUACCAGCAGAGGCUAUCAUCUCUUGAAGAGCAUAUCUGCAAUCUUAAGCAGAAUCAUGCUUUGCAGGACCUACCAGAGCGAGGGAUUUUUGACCCCAACUCCACAGCAUUUGGCAGGUUGACUCUUCCUGUAGCUGCUCCUGGAAUGAAAGUAGACAAUGCAAAUUCUCUAGAUCUAGCCGAACAUCUUUAUAUGCACUCCAACAACCAACUGGAUCCAUUUUCUUCAGGUAACCCCUCUUUUUACCAGCAAGUUUUAGGCAAUGUAUAUGCUUCUCAUCCUGGUGCAAUGGAGAGCUUCCAUGCUAGGAAAAAUGGGCAGCUAGAAAAUAGUUGGACUGCAAAAGAGAUACCACAAUUAAAUCUUGAAGCAGAACUGCAAAGAAGGGAGUCUGAAGUUGAUUCAAGUGCUUGGGCAUCAGCUGGAGGGGUUAAUGAAAACUCUAAGAAGGCUUUACUGGACCUUCUUUACCAAAAACUUGGUAUUCAAUCUAUGCAAUCAUCAGAAAUCGAUCGUCAGAAUUCUACUUCAUCUUCCAGAGGGCGGGAAACCUUUUGGCCUGUUUCUGAGCAACAAACUUCCAAUUUUCCUUUUAAUCAUUUUCCAAAUCAGGAAGUUCAUGUGAACAACUUGUUUCCGGAAGGCCCUCAAAAUUCUAAUUCAAGUGCCUUGUUGCAAGAUCAUUUGUUUGGAGUUUCUCCAAGCGCAUCUGCCAACCACAUGGUUAACUGUGAAAGAUUGCCUCUUAAAGCCAAUUUUGGCUCAUUUGCAGAAGAGCAGUCAUUCUUGUUGGGCAUUGAAGAUCCUUCUCGUAGUAGCUAUGCAGAUGCUAGCUUGAUGGGAAAAUCAGCUGUGGAUAUAGAAAUAGCAGAACUGGAAGGAAAAGACAACGAAAAUGGAAUGAAAGGCAUGAGUAAUAGGAAUGGUUCUGUGUCAGGGUCUGAGGACAAUGUAUUAGAACAAGUAGAGGCAACCUUGGACUGUGGUGACCUACCAAGUGGCAUCCAUAGCCGGCAUAGUUCUCUUGGAACCGAUGGAAGUGUCAGGUUGUAUGGGUAUGAAAUUGGAGUAGAUAAGUCAGCUGGAGAAGAUGCUUCUAAUGAUAGGUUACCUUCAAUGCUGCCAAAGGGGCUUGACAAAGUUCCACAGAAAUGCCCACCUGUGCCACGGGUUUCUUCGUCCCAGGAUGUCUUUUCUGAUCAAAGCUCACUGUCAUUUGUUAAUCAGAAUAAUUCUGCUAGCCUUGCAACUUCUGAUGAAGGAAGACAGGGGACGGUGGCGAAUCUAGGAACGAUGAGGAGUGUAGAAACUCAGGCAUCUAGCAAGAAAGACGUCCGUUUUAGGAGGACCUCAUCUUGCAAUGAUGCUGCAGUGUCUGAAGCAUCAUUCAUUGAGAUUCUAAAGAAGCCGGUUCUUCGUGGGACUGAGGCAGCUAACAGCACUUCUUUGGAACCUUCUGAUGGUGCAACACAAGCUGGACGAAGUGGCAAGAAGAAAGGGAAAAAGGGAAGACAGAUUGAUCCUGCUCUACUGGGUUUCAAAGUCACCAGCAACCGUAUAAUGAUGGGUGAGAUCCAACGCCUUGAUGAUUGACAACCUCCACUUACUAUGUACAUUCCAUGUAAAUCCUCUAACCUCUCUUUUGUAGGCAAAUUGUUGUACAGCAUAUUUGAGUAGCAUAGGCAAUUGAUUGAUUUUUUAUUUUCUGAAAAAGAAUUAGUUUUUGUUCGAAGAAGCAACAUGUGUGAUCACUUUUCGUUUCUGUAAGAAUUAGGUUCACGAUGCCUAAAUAAUGUCCAGUUGCAUUAUGGAAUUAGCUUUGUUAUUAGGGGCGUAAAUGAGAUAUACAUGUACUUACAAGCUAUUGAGUUCGACUUUAUAGAAGUAUAAAUUUGAUUUGGUUAUUUUCUAA